CAAAAAAAAGUCACGCACAUCCGAAUGUGUUAAUACAAGCCCGUAAACGCCCUCCAUCAGCUGCAGAAAAGUCUUCCAAGUUACCCAGAGCAGUGGCUGUUCACAGGCACCUGGAACAGUCGAGCCUCAGACAAGCCAGCUUUCAGGCACUGACUUCCCCAAAACAUCACUUCUCUUUGCAUUUCCUAGAAAUUCCCAAACUGCUCUUUCUCUUCUUAUGGAUACUUUCACAAGCUGACACUUUGAACUAAACAGCGUAAGUGACCCCAAAAACAAGUGACGGCUGGAAAAGUUAAUGGCAAGACCCAACUGUUAAGCCAGUGAGUGCAACAGCAAAUGGAAAAUAGAGGAUCUUAACGAACAGCUCAUCGUGCCCUUAGGGACAGUGCUGUGCUGUCCGGACUCCAUUCCUAAGGAGACUGCAGCAACAGCCAGGACUCCCAGGAGCGGAACUCACCAUGAGGAGCUCAGCAGGCUUCCUUGUUUGCUCAUUGCUGCUGCUGCUGGCUUUACAUGACACAGAGGUGGCUGCCCAGGAUGACCAGUCUGACCCUAAAAUGUCAUGUGCCAACUGGAUGGGAGGAGCACCAGGACACCCUGGCCACAACGGGCUGCCUGGAAGGGAUGGCAAGGAUGGAAAAGAUGGACAAAAAGGGGACAAAGGAGAACCAGGUCUACAAGGUGCCAGAGGUGACACAGGUGAAAAGGGUGCCACAGGUGCAGAAGGACCGAGAGGAUUUCCAGGACACAUGGGGAUGAAGGGGCAGAAGGGUGAAAGCGCCUACGUGUACCGCUCCGCCUUCAGCGUGGGGCUGACGGAGCGAGCCCCCCACCCCAACGUCCCCAUCCGCUUCACCAAGAUCUUCUACAACGAGCAGAACCACUACGACAGCAGCACCGGCAAGUUCCUCUGCAGCAUCCCCGGCACGUACUUCUUCGCCUACCACCUGACGGUCUACAUGUCGGACGUCAAGGUCAGCCUCUACAAGAAGGACAAGGCAGUGAUCUUCACCUACGACCAGUUCCAGAAGAACAACGUCGACCAGGCGAGCGGCUCCGUCCUGCUGCACCUCAGCUCGGGGGAUGAGGUCUGGCUCCAGGUGUACGGGGAGGGCGACAACAACGGGGUCUAUGCCGACAACAUCAACGACUCCACUUUCAUGGGCUUCCUCCUGUACCCAGACACGGAUGACCAUUAGAGCAGGGGGGCUACACGGGAGGGGACAAGGCCGCUUAACCCCACCUGCCUCCUGGGGCACCGGCACUACAGCUGCACUCGAUUUACUAGAAAAUUCCCCUGACCACGUGGGGACCACCAUUGCCCAGGGUGGACUCCAUCUCCCCUGAAAU